CAUCUUCGUGUUGGUACUAAAAUUUGGCAAAAGAAAAACAACAGUCGUCAGAAAUACAAACUCAAGGGCACCGGGUUCGACCCCAAUGUUGAACCGAGAAAAGAAAGCGGCUAAGCUAUCAACACGUUGCAUGAGUUGCAAUCGGGAGGGCUGAGCAGGACUAAUCUCCGUCCGCUACGUGUUCACUAACCGGUGCGUCCAAGUGGCAGAACAGUCAAAGCCUGGAAUCCUAGGAAACAGGGUUUGGGAUCCGAAGCUUCGCCACCAGUACUUUACAUUCAUUCCCUUCUCUGACAGAGACUGAGCUCAUAACAAGGGGACCCUCAAACUCACCCAACAGAGAUCUAAACAUCAUAAACCCAGAAACAAAGGCUUAUUGGUGAUUUGGUGUUCACAACUUUUUCUGAAUUGCAUUGCAGAUUUGACAGCAUUUCUGAGAUCACAAGGAGUAGUUAUGGGGAGGGUGGACUAUUUGGCUAUGAAGACUGACCCAGUUGCGGCCACCCAGUUGAUGAACUCUGAUAUCAAUGAGCUUAAGAUUGCGGCCAAGAGACUCGUUAGGGAUGUUACUAGGCUCGGUGGUCUUGGUUUUGGGACUACUUUUCUCAAAUGGCUUGCCUCCUUUGCUGCCAUAUAUUUGUUGGUAUUGGAUCGAACAAACUGGAGAACAAAUAUGCUGACUUCACUCUUAGUUCCUUAUAUUUUCUUUAGUCUUCCUUGGGGGCUGUUCCACUUACUGAGAGGAGAGGUUGGAAGCUGGAUUGCUUUUGUUGCUGUUGUAUUAAGGCUUUUCUUCCCAAGACAUUUCCCAGAUUGGCUGGAGAUGCCGGGUUCUCUGAUCCUUCUUCUGGCUGUGGCUCCAAGCUUCUUCGCAGAAACCUUGAAGGAGAGCUGGGUUGGCGUCCUGAUAUGUCUCCUCAUUGGAUGUUACCUGCUGCAAGAGCACAUCCGGUCAUCUGGUGGAUUCAGAAAUUCAUUCACACAAAGCCAUGGAAUAUCAAACACUCUCGUUCAAAAUUCGGUUUCUGCUUCUGCCCCGAAAUUUGAACAUGCGAAGACUGGAAUAUGGAAUGGAACCUUGUUUGUGACUGAGGCUCUUCAUUUAUAUCCUCAUGAGCACUCCAAGUAAAAUAUUUUGGACAGUCAUAGAAAAAUCUCUCAUAAAGGGGAUGAUCAAAGGAAACUCCUCCGGACAUUACAUUUAUGAAACACAUUCUCUGCAAUUGAUCAAGGAAAUUGCCUUCACUAAUUUUAAUCUCAACCUUGUGGCUAGAAAUUUGUUUUUCCAUCAAUGGUUAUGAUUAUUAUGAGAAUGAG